UCGAUUGGGUUGUCAGCGGUACGACGUUGCAGAGUGGUCGAACGCGAUUGGUCCUCGCGGCGUGAUUGUCGAGAGUGAAACGGGGAAAACGGUUCGAUACCGGAACGUGUGCUGGAGGAUCGCAGGGAGAUCUUCGGUGCCGAUCUGAGCCGGAAGUGCGUUGACCUUGCUCUCAGGGGCGACCUUGGAAAUUGGCGCCACCGUCGGCCACUUGCACAGCGGCUAUCGAGCUGAAAUCGAGUGUACCCCGACCUCGUUGCAUUGAACUUCAACUUCCGCUUUCGAUCGGUUGAUUCGAGCGGCACGAAGCCGAAGGUCUAGCCGACCCGGUGUCGCGGUGUGUGUAUCCCGUGAGGUAUCAGCGACCUCUUUGUAUUGGGAGAUCAAGUCGGUGGAAAGGCGAGAGCAGCGGCUGCGUUUUCGAGGGAGAGACCCACGGGGGCGAGAUUAACCACCUGUCAAGUCAGAUGGAAUGACUCAACAUGCGGCCUAGAUUACAAUUGGUGAUAUUCGUCCUGUGCUGUGUGACGCGCGUCAACGCGGACUUUUUCGGCGAGAAGAAAGAAGUGUCCUAUGAUUUACUCGAGGCUACAAUGGCAACGAAAGACGACAAUAAUUUGUACAUCGGCGAUGGUCUCGACGGAUUUCCGAGUUUUGGCUUUCGCCCCGGCUCCAAAGUUAAACAACCCUAUCGAUUAUACCUGCCGGAAAAAUUGCCGGCGGAGUUCACUCUGGUGGCAACUUUCAAGCCGACGUCCUUCAGGACCAGUUAUCUCUUCGCGAUUCUAAAUCCCUUUGAAACAGUGGUGCAACUGGGCAUCCGAAUUUCCGAUGGACCAGGGACCAAUCAGAACGUUUCUCUGGUCUACACCAACUCCGACCUGCAUUCGCAUUCGGAGGAGGUGGCAAAGUUCACGGUGCCGAAAUUGACAAAGAAAUGGUCGAAGAUCGUCAUCAGGGUAUCAACAACGGACGUCAUUUUAUACCUAAAUUGUCACGAAAUGUCCAGGAGAAGAGUGACCAGGACUCCACUGGAAUUGGUGUUCGACACGGCCAGCACGUUGUACAUCGCACAAGCUGGGCCUUAUAUCCAAGAGAAAUAUGACGUGAGUACAUAA